CCCACACUGCCCCCUGCUCAUAUCCAGGCCAGCGCCUGUCCGGGUCGCCAUGUCCCGACUCAGCAUGUCUCCGAGACACACACCCACGCUGCUCCUGCGUCUCUUCCCGCCGCUGCUCCUGCUCCUCGCAGCGGGACAGCAGUGCCUCGCGGCUCGUCCGCUCCUCGUGUUCCUGAUCGAUGGGUUCCGUCAUGACUACAUGGAUGAUCUUCACGCUCUACCUGGAUUUCGCGAGCUCGUGGGCAAUGGGGUGAAAGUGGAUUAUAUGACACCGGACUUCCCAAGUUUAUCAUACCCUAAUUACUACUCAUUAAUGACAGGCCGUCACUGUGACAUUCAUCACAUGACUGGAAACUACAUGUGGGAUGAAGCCUCAAAGAAGGAAUUCCUGAUUGGGACCAACCCCGACAGUCGACUGCCUCUUUGGUGGGAUGGAUCAGAACCACUAUGGGUCACCCUGCAGAGACAUGGAAAGAAUGUCUUCAUGUACUACUGGCCAGGCUGCGAAGUGGAAAUUCUGGGUGUCCGUCCAACAUUCUGUGAGGAAUACGUCUACAACCCAUCAGAGAAAAACCUCACAGACUCGAUAGAGGAUGCUCUCAAUGUCCUAAGGGCAGGCCAAGCGAGCAUGGCAGCAAUAUAUUAUGAGAAAAUAGAUGUGGAGGGCCAUCACUUUGGUCCAGACUCUCAUCAGGUCAGAACAGCUGUGCGACAGCUGGAUCUCGCCAUGCAGACACUCAACAGCAAAAUCAAAGAGAAAAACAUGGUGAACGAGCUGAACAUUGUGCUAUUUUCAGACCAUGGUAUGACAAAGGUCCAGUGGAUGGAGAAGGUCAUAGAGCUGGACAAGUAUGUCAACAUGUCAGCCAUUGUCAAGAUGAUGGACAGAGGACCAGUGGUCAGUCUGUGGCCCAAAGAUAACAAGUACCAAGAGGUGUAUGCCGCAUUGUCCCAGGUGCCUAACAUGCAUGUCUAUGCCAGACAGGAGAUCCCUGAACGUUUCCAUUUAAAAGGAGGGAAGUUUGUUUCCCCCCUGACGCUGGUCGCUGAGCCUGGCUGGUUUAUCGCAGAGAACAGGGCAAAACUCCCAUACUGGAAAAACGACUCUGGAGAGCCCUCGGCAUGGCAAAAUGGUUGGCAUGGUUACGACAAUGAAUUUCUUGACAUGAGAGGCUUUUUUUUGGCAACAGGACCCGAGUUCAAGCGGAAUUUUCGGGCAGCUCCAAUUCGAGCGGUGGACGUCUACAAUGUAAUGUGCUGGACGUUGGGGGUGAAACCUUUGCCCAAUAAUGGCUCCUGGUCUCGGGUAGAGUACUUCCUGAAUGGCUCUGAUGGUCAAUCCCAACCCACAACCCUCUUUUGUGUGGGUUUGUUAGGAAUACUGCUUGCACUAUGGUAAUGAAGAAUUGAACAGUUGAGUGUUUAUGGCACCCGAUGGAAGCUAGAAAUUAUCUGCUAGAAAGACUUAGAACAUUACACCAUGUAGAGGCCGUUGCAUCUAAACGUAAGGGAAGUGAAAUGAUUAGAGCAUUCUUGAGGACCAAGAACCUGAGGCCUUAAAAGAGUUUUCCAUGAUCUCAUCCCAAUCCUUCAAUAGACUGGGCAAAAAGAAUCCUACAAACCCACAACACCUUAGACAGGACUUCCAUUUUGGAUCCUUAUGAGCCCUAAACUCACAGUUUCUCUUCUUUGUCCAGCUCUCCAUGUCUGAUCAACAUGUCUUGAUGUCUGUGGUACACACUUUAAAUGUCCAACAAAACAACUAAAUGUUAACCUUUACGUUUGCUUGAGCAUUUUCAGUUUUGGCAGUUUUUUAAAGUUUUUUUUCCUCUGCAGUUUCUCGUUUCAUUCUUUGUCAGUCAUGGUUGUAGAGCGACUAUCCAAAAAGCAAAAAUAUAGUUGCCAAGAGGCUAAGUAGGGGAAAAACUUUACCUGUCGGAUUCGCUGGCAUGUCAACAAAUCUUUGCUCCAAAGAUGUUGCGUAUUACAUAUUUAUUGCUGAUAAACAGUGAAACAACUUCCCAAAGUCUAAAAACAAUUCCUUUUGCUAGUGUUGAGCGAUCAAAAGUGAUCAAAGCGGUCAGCAAAAGUGCGACUUCCCCCCUCACCCUCUCAGUUCAUUCAUAAGAACCUCCCGGUGAAGAACAGCUGAUUUUACUACUACCGCUGCUGACGUACCACCAACACCACGUGACUCACACCCUCGUAAGUGACCAAAUAUGGCAUGCAAAGAAACUUAAUACAAAAUACUACAAUAACAAUAGCUGGCACCUACAAUGGUGAAAAAUGAGAAGUUAGAGAUACAACAUGUCAGCAGAACUUCUAUUCAGUGAUGUAUGUAUUCAGGGUUUCUGGUGCUUUACAGUUAUAUAGAGUUAUAGAUAUAAACCGUGGUCAACUUCCUUGUAUGUGUUCACAUUCUUGGCCAGUAAAACUGAUUCUGAUUUCUGAAUAAAGGGCACUGUCCUAAAAAUCUCUUUAUAAAUUUCCUGAAAACGACUAGGUGAUUUGAAAGUUAAAAUUGUCCAGGUUACUCCAUUUUACCUGUAAGUAUUUCCUAAUGACAAAGGUAUUUCCAGGAACCUUAAUUGAAAAUUAUACAGAAAAAUACACAGACCUCUAAUAUGAAGUAUUACUUAUUUGUGGGCUUGAAGCUGUUGUAAACAUCUUCUCUCUUUUCUUUUCAUUUUUGUUCUAAGACCUAAUAUUCUCCAGAAAACAGUGAAGCAUAGAAACAAAACCCCUGCAUACAUAGAUCAGAAUGUAUUGUUUUGGGUAUCACAGAAGAGCACUGUUAAAUUGAUAACUUUUACAUAGUAAAUGAUGCUGAUGUUGCCUUAUUUUAUUAUGUGCAUGUAUGUAACAGCUACUAUAUGCAUUAUGGGGGAUUAUGUAAGAUAUACUUAAAAAAUGGCAAUACACAAAUAAUGUAGGUUUAAUCUUCCCUUUUUUUAAGUUUGGGCUCUUGAAAAAUCUUGUGAUUCACUCCAUAUGUUGGCUGAUUAUAUCUGAGAUGCUUAUUUUUGAUCUGGCUACAACUUCUUCCCAGUGUGCAAUCCUGUUUUGUAUAGUCACCAACGGAUCCUUGAAUUCAGCUAAUAAUGUCUCUGUCAGGGUUCCUACGCAAGUAUGGAAAGUAUGGAAAAGUCUGGAAAUAAAUGUGAUCAGUUUCCAGGUAUUAAAAAGUAUGGAAAAUGAAAAAUAAAGAAUGGAAAAAUAUUUAUGUUUCCAGACUAUUACCACUGUUCUAAAAUACUGUUUUCUAAAAUAGAAAAUUAGGUAUUUCCAAAAAUAAUUUAAUGAAUCCGGAUCGUGUUUUAUGCCGGGCCAAGCGCAGUUUGUGUGAGAGCAAACAUCUCAGAAAACAUACUGCCCCUUUUACCUGAUUGACAAGUGGUAUGUCCAGUCCGCUGCCCCAUGACCCUCCUCCAGCCCCCCAGGUAUCAAGUUUCACUCCAACACUACACCUUCGACAAGAAGAUGAGUUUCACGUGGUUCUCAAUGGGUAGAUGCACGUUUUUGGAUGGAUGGCUUGACGAUACCGUAUAUAAAUACUGGUUGGCCAAGGAUUCCCAAUUCACACACAGAGCUAGAUGCAAGCUUUGUGUGAAAUCGUUUGACAUCACCAACAUGGGGGAGAAGGCGAUUCUGAGCCACAUGAAAGGAACAAACACAGACGUCUCGUUAAUGCAUCGGUUGCACCCAGAGUCCCAACCUUUUUGCCUCAGCCCAGACAUUGAACUUACCUGAGUUUUUAUUUGCAUGCCAUUAUGGUAGUUGGCCACAAUCGCCUAUUAAGAAUAAUUAAACAUGAUGUGAAAUAUGAUACACUGAUAUAUUUACUCAGAUGUCACAUAUUCUCUGGGGAAAAAAAAAAAAAAAAGCAGAGAAGUUUGGAAAUUAGGGUAUGGAAAAGUAUGGAAUUUUGAAAUUCCAAAUGUGUAGGAACCCUGCUCUGUAUUGGAUCUAUAAGUCCCUGUAUCACACGUUUUGUGUAAAGUGCUCCAUAAAUAAAUUUGCUUUGAUUUGGAAA